AGACAAAAAAAAGUAUUAUAAAUCUGUAGCUCUAUUAGCUGAUUCAAGAAAUCGCAAUUAUUUGACCCUAUUUGGACUUAGUAGGCUAUCCGCUGUUAUCAUUUGCUCGUUCAUGUCGAAGGAUGCCGUGGUCGAAGGUACUCAGAUGUGGUCGAACAAAUGUCACGUGAAGUAGAAAAAAAUUCCAGUUAGUAUUUAGUUUCAAAUAUCAAUAAAAAAACAUGAAGUUACACUUCGACUCCAAAUUGUGUCAGUAUCCAAAGACGUACUUUGCAUUCGUACUGAAUAUCCUACUCUGGAAUCGUUUUUGUCUUACUAAAAUUUGCACCAACUGUCCGUUUUACCGUCACUCAAGUACGUUCGCAGCAAUUUAUUUGGUUGUGCACUUGGUUGUAGCAUCACAAGAAUUGAUCCAGCGAAUUGUCCUACCGAAUGAAGAAACCGACGACAAACUAAGCUUUUCCCUUCGUGUCUGGAAAUUGAACUUGAGUUUCAAAAUAUCUCAUCAAUAUCUGCUCCUAGGGCGAGCUCUGUUUCAUGUUCAAGCCUUGGCUAGAAGCCUGUACAAUUUGCUGGUUGAAAACUAUGAUGCCCUGCUAGGUUUGAUAUUGUUUGUGCCACUAUUUUUUGCCGUUGACGUGUACAGCUUUGUAAUUGAAUGGAAUCGGCGCCGCGGACAGGAUACUUUGAGAACAUUUAUUUGGAAGGAAGCUUUUAAACUAGGAACGACGGUUAUAUUCUGGAGUAAUUUAUGUUGUUUGCUGUACAAUCAAUACGCAGGAUGUAUUUUUGACAAAUAGCGCAUUUAUUCAGAUGA